UUAGUGGUUGGUUAAAAACAAAAAAGUUUCCACUUUUCCAGCUAAAAUAAUUAUACUUAUACAAAAUGGGGUCUUCAACGUUACCAAUAGCUCGGAUUAAAACAAUCAUGAAAAGUUGUCCUGAUGUAGAAACAAUUGGUCAUGAUGCAUCUGUUAUUGUCGGAAGAGCGACUGAGCUCUUUAUUUCGCAUCUGGCUGUAGAAGCAUAUAAAAAAUCAGCUGGGAAAAAGUUGGAUUACAAAGAUAUAGCCGAGAUAGUUCAAACAGAUGAUCGGUUAGAUUUUUUGCGGGAAAUGGUACCACGAAAAAUCACUGUACGGGAAUUUAAAGAAUUAUUGAAACGAAAAAAUAGGAGAUCUAAAACAGAAGAGGUAAAUGGUAGCAAUGGAAAUGGUGAAAAUAGUGAUAGUUCCAGCAGUGAAGAAAGCAGCGACGACGAUGAUGACGAGAGUGAAAGUAGUGAAGAUAGUGAACAUUCUACGUUGUCGUAAUAAAGGAUUUUAUGCGUAUUUUGUAUUUUUUGCUCAUGCUUUUGUAUUUGGUUACCAUGUAACUAAUUUUUUUAUUAAAACUUAAAUAAUGUUGAUAAUGGUAA